GCUAAUCGCGAUUUCGUCACCUUUUCAAGGUGAAUUUCUUUUGGUUUGGUAAAAAUAAUCAAUAGUCGACUUUAUUAUUUAUUCUGGACGUAUUAUUCCACUAGAAUAGUCUACUCAUCGAUCUUCAUUAAAAAGUUUUGGUUAAAAUGUCUUUAGCGUUUACAAUCGUCGCAUAAUCGUCUGACGGUCGGUCACCUUUGAGAGCACAGGGUUAUUUUAGUGAUUUCUGAAAUUGUAUCAUCUAAACGUGUUACAGAGUAAAGUGAUUACUUUGUGAAUCUAUUAAGAAUGGCUGAAUCACAUCAACCACAAAUAAAUGGACAUCAAAUAGAGGAAAAACUACCACCAGGCGUAACCGUCGAAGAAGUGGAGAUACCAGUCCCAUGGGGCCACGUGGCGGGGCGCUGGUGGGGCCCUAGGGAUGCGCAGCCAAUCAUCGCCAUUCACGGCUGGCAGGACAACGCUGGGACCUGGGACAACUUGAUACCAAGCCUUCCUGUCACAACAGCCGUCUUGUGCAUUGAUCUACCUGGUCAUGGGCACUCCUCCUAUUACCCAGAAGGAAUGCUGUAUUACCUAUUUUGGGAUGGAAUCGUGCUACUAAGGCGGAUAGUCAAGCAUUACAAAUGGAGCAAAAUCUCCCUCAUGGGGCAUUCUUUAGGCGGUGCUCUCAGUUUUAUGUACGCGGCGUCAUUCCCUGAUGAUGUGGAGAGAAUUAUCUGUAUAGAUAUCGCGAGCCCAGCCGUCAGGGAACCAUCUGUUUUAGUCAAAGGCACUGGAGGUGGUAUCGACAAAUUGUUAGAGUACGAACACCUCACAGACGAUAAAGUACCUUGCUACGAAUAUGACGAGAUGAUUGAUUUGGUAUGCGAUGCUUAUAAAGGGUCUAUAUCGAGGGAGAAUUGCAGAAUAUUGAUGAAGAGAGGCAUGACCCCCACUCCUGCGCACAUGAAGAAGAGCGGUUACUUUUUCAAGAGAGAUCCUAGACUGAAGGUUUCUGGUCUGGGCAUGAUGUCAAUCGAAACAGCGUUGUGUUACGCAUCUAAGGUAAAAUGCAAAGUUCUGAAUAUCAGAGCGAUUCCUGGACAGAAGUGGGAGAGGCUGGAUUAUUAUCUGGACGUUAUAGAGAAGUUAAAAGAAACUGCAGAUGUGAAGUAUGUGGAAGUAGAAGGCACACAUCACGUGCAGUUGGAUGCACCACAAAAUAUAUCUGGCAUUAUAGAAGAAUUCUUAGAGGAAUAUUAAUUUUAGUUUAAUUAUGAUUGUGAUAUUUAAUGUGAUGGCGCACGCGAUUAAGUGCUAUUAGGUAGGAAUAGGUGAAAUACAAGCCGCUUAAAUUUAUUUAAAUGAGACGCAAGUAGACAAUUGUUAAGGGGUUUAAUUAUAUAUAAUUAAUAUGUAUAAUGUAUUUGUAUGUGUUUAACACUAAAGGGAGCGUGGCUCUUUAAUAUUUGGAGUUAUAAAAGAAAAAGUAAUUGUACUUUGAUGUUACUUUUCUCCUUAUUGUGCCCUUAAUUUUGUUGGGUUAAUAUACUAUACGUUUUUCAAAUACUUCGUCGACAUCUUGAAUAUACUGAAGUUUUUUUGUUUGGUAAAAUAUGCUUCGUAACAAUGGCUAGAUUUAAUAGUGACUCGUAAAUUUUACGUUACAAUUUUUUAAUUUCACAUUUGAUUAGGUAAACUAAGAAGACUUAAUUUAUUUAUGAUAUAAAUAAAAAUAUAUUGGGCAAUAAAACAUUACUUAAGUAAUGAACAAAAUAUACACAAUUCUUUAGAACUAGAGGUCAUUAUGUGAUGCAAUCAUUUGCACUUAAAUUAGUCUAUGGUAAGGAUUCAAGGUUAAAUAAUCUAUUGUUUUGUAGAGGCGCGUAGAAAGCUAUUUUUUCUGUGACACUCUGUGAACACGACAAAAUGUAGGUACGUAACGUAUGUCGGGCUAUAAAUAAGUAUUUUAUUUAAUACUUUAUCCAAUGUGUGGAGUUGUGUACAGGUCAAUAUCUAUAAACAAACAUUUCAUCAAGCAUUGUUAUAGUAUACGCACGUGUGACGAUAAUAUGUUAUCUUGGAGAACUGCGAUAUAGAUUUUCCGCUUAGGAUAGGUUUAAAAACUUACUAGCAUACUUGCAAUCCAAGAGAUGAGAAAGGAUAUAUUAUGUUAGUGAUUUUUAGGAUUGCCUACCCAAUACGUGAUAGACAGUUGUCAUUUUUAUAGAUGUAUUUUUGUUGCCGCUAUAACAAAUGCUAAAAAACGGAAUAAAAUAAAUAUUUAAUGGGGCUGCCAUACAUACG